AUGAAGACGUCAAUUGUAGUCUUGCUUUGCAUCUCAGUUUUCCCAGGCUUUUCCCAGGGCAGAGUUGUCAGAGAGGAUGAAACUGGUUUUGCCGAGUGUAACGUGUUCUUCCCCGGACAAGUCCCACCCGAAGGAUAUACGGAGCCGUUCCAUGUGAAAAUCUGUCAGCAGUACAACAAAGAGCCGCGUUUUGCAACCCUCUACAGUACUAAGGACAAAAUCCCUCUUUAUUCAGCUUUUAAGUUUACAAAGCCAGCUCAAAGUGCGGAGGAAAGCUGGCUGGUUGAACCGCAGAUAGAUGAUCCAGAAAAUGACUUGCAUGAAAUGGUUCAUGAAGCUGAUAUUGGUGGCACUGUGGCCAACCUCGGUGCAAAUCAAGCCCUGACCUCAGACUACGUGGGCUCUGGCUACGAGAGAGGCCUUCUCAAUCCCAGUUUGCUUAAUGAGGAGGAUUUCCAGGUGGCCACUUACACACUCACAAAUGCUGUUCCUCUGAGCCCAGCUCUGAGCAAAAGCUGGCACAGAGACAUUGGGAAGGUUGUGGAGCAAGCUCUGAUCCCUCACUGUUCCAAGAUGGAUCAUCUAUAUUUCCUUGCAGGUGCAAUUCCUUCCAGUGUCCAAGUUAAAGGCAAGGUGUCAGUGCCAGAGAGCCUCUGGCUUGCAGCCUGCUGUGAUGCUCCAGAGGGAUGGUCCCUGGGACUAGUGAAAAAAAUCAAUGAUGAAAACAGCUUGGAAGACCUCACAGUGAGAGAGCUGGAGAAGCAGCUUCUACCAGGAGUUCACUUGUUCAAGGGCAGCUGUGGGGAAGACAAACAAAGCCAGGAGAAAAGAGAAGCAGUAUUGCAAGUUGUCAGUCAGAUCCGCUCUGGAGAGCAAGUAGGAACAAGUAACAACCAAGAGACCAAAGAAAGUGGCUGGGUCAGAAGAGUGGCUGGCAUCAUUGCUACCCCUUUCAUCAAACUUCUGGAACUCUUCAUCUACAUCUUUGUGGAACUGGUGAAAUUUGUGUUUUAUUUUCUGUGGCAUGUUGUGAAGCGAGUUGUUGGCACAAUUCUGGAUGGAGUCUACAGUCUGUGGAAUGGGAUGGUGUCCUACCUUAAAGCUGUCAGCAUGGUGCUCAUCAGCAUCCCGUAUGAUGUUGGGAGGGUCAUCAUCAACAUCUUCCUGGGCUUCCUGCAAAUUGUUCGAGAUGUGGUGUCCCUUGCCUACAGGAUCCUGAGUAUCCCCGUGGGGUUCAUCCUUCACCUUGCUGCUUUCCCUUACCACUCCAUCUGUGCCAUUCCCUCUGUCCUUAAAGACAUAGCUACUGGGAUUGGGGGCACCUUCUCGCUGGUCAUCGAUGCCACAGCCACGGUUCUGCAUGGCUUUUAUUACCUAGCUGGUCACAUCCUCAAACGGUUUGUCCCUAAAGGCUCUUCUGAUGACUGA